UAGAGGUUGGGGAAAAAAGUGCACGAAGAAUGAGGACAAGGGCUAAUAUUCGCCCCGUCAAUUUUGGCAGGCUAUUUAUUACGAGCAAUGCGGGCUGCGGUGCACGGAAGGCAAAACUGAGUUAAAGCAGGUCAUCUGUGUGUGUGUGCUAGUUCGUGUUAAGCCUUCGUGUCGCAGCAGUGUGUUGUAGGAAUACUCGGCAUACUAGGAUUAUUUUCCUGGGCCGGAUAGUAGACGCCAGUAGCAGUUGAAAUAAAAAAAAAAAAGGAUUUCCUAUGCGUAGUAUGCAAGAAGAUGAGAAAGUCCUGGCAUUUAGAUAUAGAUCUAGAAAAUCUAUAUGAUUUAGAUUAAUAGAUCUUGAUUAAUCUUUUAGAUUACAGGACUCUUCGAUACAUAGUGACGCAGAUCUAGUCCAGAUCCAUUUUCUAAAUGUUAUUUAUUGCCAGUAAAAGGAAAUUUGAGACUUGUGACAUUUGUGUGUGUACAUAGAAACUUGAUGUCAGUUCUUUAUCAAUACCAUGGAUUAUUGCUCAGCCUGCUGGAAGACUAUGUGUGUAUAUUGUGAUCUAAGUGGAAAGAAAUCAACUUAGAUUUCAGUGGCAUGAAGAUCAAAGUCCUGGCAUAGGUCUCGACUAGCCUAUAUUCUAGAUGUACAAAAGUGUCGUGGCUAGACUUUAAAGAGAUAUACCUAGAUAUGUUUUUAGUGUGAAAUAUAUAUAUAUAUUGUAAAACUAGAAUCUAGAUGUAAUCAUAAUUUAGAUUAACUAGAUCUACUCUAGGUCUAGGUAUCAGAAACAAGUUUGAAAAAUCUAAUGGCACGUGUCAAAUGUGUUAUCAAUCGUAUAUGUUGACGUCUUAAGCCCAUCAUGCGUCAGAUUAACAUAAAAGGUUAAAAAGAGGAUUAUUUCGCAUGGGAUAAGCUGUGGAUCAUAUCUUGACUAGAUCUAUAUCUGUUAUGUAGGCAUGCUUUGCUCAAUUCUGCUGUUGGAUUAUAAAUCGGAUUUUCCGAGUAUUUGACACGAUUUAUUACAUUCUUUCAACGACAGCAUUUAUCAUUUAUUGAUGUUGUGAAAAUGUGUAGCUGUAAUAUCUAGAUUUCUAGAUAGAUCUAUAUAGCUAGUAACAAUCUGGAUAACUUAGCAUUCAGUUGUUGAAUAUUGAGGAUAUCUACCAAACUGGCAACUUAGUGAUAUAGCACAGAUCUACAUCUAGCAUACGCAUCAGAAGCCAUAAUGUGCUAGAUCUAGCAUUUGUCGGUUCCAGAACCAGUGGCUCAAAGCUUACAUAUCUCUAGAAGUAGUAAUGGCUACCUUGUUUCUAGGAAGGUGAGGUCACGAUGGGUCAGCAGAUCUCUGCAGCGGCUGAGAGCACUGGGCACCAUCACGCCCACCUGGCUUUAGGUGAAAGUCAAGCGAAAAUUGAGAGCGGGGAUUCUGGAGCAAAGUCACUUCCACGCAGAGGUCACUCUGGUCUUGUCAUCCCCACUGCAUCUUUGGUUCCUGCUAAGGCAGAUGGCUUUGGACCAGGGGAUAAAAGUGGUAACAAGACAGACCAAGAGAUUGGGAGGAUGUCCAUCCGUGCCGCCAUAGAUACGUUUAUUGAGAAUUGCUUGUCAUCCAGCAACGAGAACUCUGAGAAACACAUCGGUGAUGAGCUUGAUGGUGUGAAUGGCCUUGGAAGAUUAAAUGAAGAUUUUAGAGGUGUUAAAAACAAUGACUUGAAGUCUGGAAAGAAAAGUCCCGGGGAGCACAGUGAAAGUGGUGUGGAGAGCAUUAGUUCUGACAGCACAGACAUUCAGGAGGCUUACCAAGAAGAUGCAGAAGAAAAGCAGCUGGUGAUAGAUUGUGAUGGCAGCUCAGAGACGAAGGUGAAAGUUGAGCCCAAAGAAGGCUCUCACAAUUCCCCCUUGGAUGGUUUAGUCAGGGCUAAAUUUGAAAAAGGCAGAGAACCCAAGAAAGAAACAGAAUCUGGAAAAAAGCCAAUGUUUUCACCUUCCAUGGAGAAGCAGCCAUUCCCACUGUAUGUGCAGGACCACCUGAAGAAGCCUGGACAAGACCAACAGGAAAUUGAUUGCCAAAGUAAAGACGCCCUGCAGCCUCAAGGCCAAAGUAUCUCACUGGAGAUGGCCAAAAAAUCGAAUGAAUCUCCUCCACCAGGUGGUUCUGAAUUCCCUCUUCCCCCUGUCCGUCUACAGACAUUGAUCGACAAAGUUUUAGAUCAGUCACUAACCAAUCAAGUCUUGGAUAAUUCUAACCAACCAUUAGACUCCAAGUUGAAGAAGUUAGAGCGGCCAUUGACAAGUGAUGAUAGAAAUAAAGAAAUGGUUUUACCUAAUUCCAACAAAAAGGGUCCAAUAAAUGAUGUUUUGGUGCCAGAAAUUAAAGAGGCUAUAAUGACGGGUGAUAAGAGGGAGAGCGACUCAAAGUCGUCUAAAAACACUCUAAGUUUCAAAGACCAUAUUGAGAAAGUUCUUAUGGAGAGUUUUCUAAGUUAUGAGGAAGAGGAGCAACAAGAUGCACUGAAGCGAGGAGAAAACCCUGAUGACAUUUCCAAAGCCCCUGUUCAUGAAGAUCUAGACACUGACAGACAGAACACCAAAAAGGAAGCUGCUAGGCCUGGAGCAGAGAGACCUGUUAAUGUUCAGGACAUAGUGGACAGGGUCAUUAGUCAAACCCAGGUCAUUAGUAAACUUAUGACUCCAGAAGGUCAAACCAUUGUGCAGCCUCCACCUGUCACUGCGCACCAUGCACAGCCUCAUCCUGCACAGCCUCACCCUAGUAAUAAGUACCAGAGCUCCUCCACUCCCACCAAAGCACUACAAGAAGCUCAGCGCUAUGCUGUACACAAGGAGCAGCAGUCCAGUAACAUUGGUAGGAAGAGGGGCAGGCCUCGGCUUGGAAGUCCAGGAAUUUGGCCAGCUAAUGACUCUGGGAAAGACGCCAAGGCUGCCUACGCUGAACAACGGGCAAGGGAAUAUAGAAACUCACAAGGUCCACAGUCUCAUCACUUGCCACAACAGUUACCACACUUGCCAACACAUCAGGACAGACUGGCUGGGACCUCUGUACAUGGGAACCUUGCACGGGCACCUCUUCCUGUAGAGUAUGGUCACCAUACCUCCCCAGCUUAUGGAAUGACUGGGCCUUCUGUCUAUCAGCAUAGACACAGUCAACAAAGGCAGCCAGGGCUUGAUCAGUCUCAGGCCUCAAAGUCAGGCAUGCCACCAGGCAUUGUACCUGCCAGUUCAGCCUACCACCACAGCAGCCAAGAAUCAUUCCACUCCAGGGGUGCCAACUUACAACAGCAGCCGCAAGUUCGGUCUCACCAACACCAUGGGCAUCCAAAGCCUCCACCUCCACUUAUUCUUGCAGACAAUAUCAGUGAAAAGAACAGUCUAAGCCGCAUUGUCCCUGUGUCACACAUGCCAACUAAAUCAUGCUCCUGCCACAGCUGUGUGUCUCACUUCUCCCAGUCAACUGCACCACAUGCUGGCCAGAAACAGGAGAGAACAGGGGAGUCCCAAUCACACUAUCCACCCUACCAGUUGACCUCCAGGCGCAACCUUCCACAUCCGCCAGGGGCAGAAUCCUUAAGGCCUGUCUUGACCAUUUCAGGCCAGAACCCUUUCCCCACACAUGCCAUCAUUCCUAGCUAUGCCAGUGGCCACCGACAACAUGAUGGUCCACCAAGCAAUCAACAGUCUGGCAAUAGAGAUAGUCGGUACUAUGACAAUAAAGGGAGAAAUCCAUCCCCUGGACAUUUCCCAGCUUAUAAUAGCCAGAUGACCAUCAGACAAGAUGUUGGAUAUUCUGAAAGUGCUAGAAUGCCUGGCAGACUGGACACGAGAUACCCUGAUAAAAGUCCUAUUAGUCGGCAGGACUCCAGGUAUCCUGAAAAUUUUCAUAUGCCCAACAGGCAGGAGUCACGAUAUUCUGAAAACAACCAGAUUCCAAGUAGAGAGUCUAAGUAUUCUGAAAAUGUGCAGGCACUAGGCAGACAGGAGAACAGGUAUCUCGACAGCGGACAUGUUCCCAGGCAAGACACCAGGUACCCUGAGAACAGCCAGCCCUCAGGUAGGACUGAAGCUAGGUACACUGACCACAUGCCCCGCCACUUGGAGCCCUAUGAUCUGACUGAUCCUGCUGGACAUGAGAAGGGUGCUCAGCCUAUAAUUGUGGACCCAGCAUCCUCACCUGCUCAUGUCAGAUUGGCAGAAGUUCCAGCCAGCUCUGAAGGUGACCAGCCUCUUGAUCUGUCUGUGAAACCAGUUGUUAGUGGCAGCAAAGAGUUGAGACGAAAACCAUCAGAUGUGGCUCUUCAAGUAUCAGGACAUGAAAGCAGACAAUCUUAUAGAACUGUGACAUCAGAGCUGCCUGCAGGAAGUAAUUAUUUGGACUAUGAGAGAGGGCCAUCAGGACAUCACUUACAGAGGUUGGAGAACAGUGUUGACAGAAUUCUGCCUCAGAACCCUCUCCCACAGUUCAGACAGACCACAUCUCAGCCCGCAUUGAUGGACACAAGAGAACGCCACAACAAUGCGCCACUGUCCAGCUUACGAGAGCGCCACUUGGCAGCCCCACAGUUGCUCCACCCUCCUGAGUCUCCAAGCCAUAAAAGUGUUCGCCAUGCUCUUCCAAGUCCCUCACUUCCGCCACCUUCCCAGCAUGUCAUGAACUCAUCUGCUUCACCAGUUGGUCAUCCUUACAGCAGCACCAUGUCACCAGGUGGGCUUCAUAGGCUAGACUCUUCACCCAAUAUUCAGCAUUUCCACACAAGUGACUCUCAUCUGAAACAAUCAGAAUCUGUUGCUCAGCGGCCGUCCAGUCAUAGCUCUGACGUAGAGGCGUGGAUUGUUCCAUCUUCAGGACAGAGAAGCCCUUCCCCAGAUGAAAGUGAGGCACAGAGAAUGGGGGUCUCAAAGCAUGAGCCCAUCCAGAACAUCAUUGGCAGUCACCCACCCAGUGACAUUUUGUAUCUCAUUUGUCGGCUGUGCCGCCAGACAUACGGAAGCCCCUAUGGUUUUAGAAAACAUUUCAGAAACCAACAUGGCUUUGAACCCAAAGCAGAGCACACUAUUGUUCAGACUAUCUCUGCCACCAAAACAGCAAUGGCUAAUAGUGUAGAGUCUUUACCUCAGUCUCCUGUGAUAGAGUACAACAGUGCUUAUGAAGAUGGCAAACGCGACUUCACUGUUCAGCCCAGAGACAUAGCUGGCCAGCCUAACUUUGUAGGUCUUGAGGACAUUAAAAGUGAUUACACUAAGUACUUGGAGUGCCCGGAAUGUCAGCAGUUGUUCCGGUUGAAUGACUUUGGCUCAUACAAGCGCCACUGCCGCCAGCACAGUCUGCAUCGUAUGUCUGGCCCCUUUGCCUGCCAUGAGUGUCAGAAGUGUUUCUCAGAGCCAAGCUUGUUGCAAGAACAUUUGGAGACUCAUUCCACUUUUACCACCAGUGUGUGUGGCAUCUGCCAAAAUUAUUUCUCCUCUCCUGCAUAUCUUGCCGAGCAUAUCAAGGCUGCUCACCAGCUUGUGUACCCUGGUGACAGGCCGGAUAAGGCGUCAAGUCUUAGCGAUGGCAACAAAAGAAUCAAAGAAGAACUUUCACCGCAACCUGAAGCUUUACAGUCAGCACCUGAAAUCAGCGAAUUAGGAUCAUCCCAGGGGAGAGCAACAGCAAACCACCUUCCUUUGACCAAACGCCACAAGCAGUUUUCCCCUGCCAACUAUGCCCAAAUGUUUACUGUGCACACCCCUAAAGGUCUUGAGAUUGAGAAGCUUCCUGCUGAUGGUGUGGUCACUACUGCAAGCCCGGAUAGUAGCUAUGAUGACUGUCAGCCAGGAAGUGCUGGUGCUCAGGUGGACACACCUGCUGGUGAAAGUGAGUCUGCCAGGCUAGUAACUGGCCAAGGUGUCAAAGCACCUGGGUUAACUAAAACAUCAUCCAGUGAUAUUCUGAGGUCACAGAGUAAAGACGACACAGAGUCCAACUCGUCAGAUUGCUCUGCCAACUUGGAGUCUCAAAGUGCCGAAGGAGUUCAGACCAACAGCUCGGAGGAUAUAGACAAAUUUUAUAAGCACAAGAAGUAUAGUCGGUAUAGGAAGAGAUCCAGCCCAACCAAUCUACCUGAGCCAGAUAAGAAAAUUGCCAAAAUAGAAGAGAAUUCUUCCACCAAGGAGCCAGGUGCUUCGAUAACCUCGUCUGCCUCUGUGACUUCAACUUUUAACUCGGGUGUCACAUUACAGGACUGUGAGUCAUCCUGUCAGCAGUCAGAGGACUCCAACAGCUCCAGCUGCUUCAAGUCUCCCUGUGACGACGUGAAAAAACAGACUGGUGCCUCUGCAGAUAAGGCCAAGUCUAAAGUAGAAGACGCAGCAAAGACUGGCUCUGAAGACGCUGGGACUAAAUUUAAAUGGGACAGGUUGACACGUAGUCAGGCGGGAAAGGCCUUCCAGCCAGUCAGCUACACAUCCUCGUAAAGUCAUCCUCAGUGAGUCAUCCAUCUAAGCAUCCAAUAGGAUUACCUCUGCUAAAUAUACCUCAUCCCUUACCAUCCCUGUCAGAAAUGUUCAUUGUUGAUUCAUCAUCUACUGCUGUUAAGUUACAAGACCAAAAAGAAGAAAAAAAAGUUUACACUUCUGAGAAUAUUUAAACAACCUUUCAUUUAUGGCUUCCUGUAGGAUUACAUAUUGUGACUUAAGGCUUAAUUUGUUCUCAAUAUAGCCUUCCCCUUGUGUUGCACUCAAUAGGAACCAUCACCCAAUAGGGCAUAAUUUCAAGGUUCAUAACUCAUCCAUGUUGUCCUAUUGAAUCUUCUAGUCAUGUAUUGGCCCUUACACAACUCAUGUAAAAUCACCAUCACUUUUUCAAGGAUUGGCCAUCACAAGGACCACUUCAUGUGUAGCAAAUGAGAAUGUUCAUACAGUGCUGGAUAGUUCACUAGUGGCGAUUAGAAUUCAGACUUAGUUUUUGUUGUUUGUUUAUUUUUAUGUAUAAAAAAAUUGUAUAUAGGUUAUCAUACUUAGUGGUGCAAUUGUGUUUUUUGUCAUUCUUUUGUUUUAUUGAUCUGGAUAUUUUUGUUUAAUGGAACAAUGUUUCAUGUUAUAGUCAGGUAUCAAUAAUUCUAACCUCUUACAGCCAAAACUGUCAUUAACUCUACAUUCAUGUCAUUUGUUAUUUUACAUGUAGUCACGUUUUUUUUUUUAAGUACAGAAAAAGCUGAAAAUUUUUAUACAUCAAACUUCCUUAGUGAUUAUUUUACUUUAAAGUAAGCUGAAAAUGUUAUAAUAAUAAGAUGGGGAAAGGGCAUAAUCUACUUUUAAAAUACACAGCUUUAUACCCAUUUUAAAAGCUUAAAGUGAAAGCUGAUUACUAUUAUUAAAUAACAACCAUUUUAAUGGAAGGUUUGUGCCCAGACACUAUGUUAGAUUGUAAGUAAAAGCUUAGAAGGCUGUAGGUUUGUUUUUUUGUUUUUUUUGUGUGCAUUAAGUUUCACCCCCCACCCCUUUUUUUUUCCUCAAUAGUUUUGAGAAAGGCCAAGCUUGGAAGCACUAUAAAAAAAAAAGUUUUCUCAUUAUGAAAUUAUUUUGUAUUGCCAUGAUACCCACUCUACAAAAGAAAUAGGAAUUUAGUGAACUCAGCAAGCUUAGGGCAGCAUGGAGACACUAGACAGAAAUAAAAUAACUAGCCCAGUGAAAACAGUUGAAAUCUGGAAACUUUGGAAUGUCAACAUAUGAAAUUUGUGCCAGUUGUUUUGACCUACAAACGGGAGUGACUCAAGAUUUCGUUAUAACUCUGCUAGUUUAAACUGACGCUGAUUUUUUUCACCCAAGUUACAUGCAAACUUCUUUCAUGACUAUAUAUUUAUAGAACAAAGGUUCUUUCAGUACAUUCUAGUUGAUGUGCAGCUUUGUUUUCAAAUAUUUCUCAAAUUACCAACUUGCUAUAGCCUAAAGCUUGAUAGUCUUUAGGUGACUUUUACCACUACCACCCAAAUUUUGCCUUAGAUAGAGAUAUUAUUAUUACAGACCAGUUUCUUAUAAAUCAACAUAUAAAUUAACAUAAACAAUCACUGAUAUGCCCAGUAUGUAGACAUAAUUGUUAGAGGAAAUUUGUACAUAUUAUAUAUAUUUGACUGUAAGAAAUUUUUCACAUAACACUUUUUAAAAAAAUUUACAAGUUAAGCAAAAAGAAUCUAGUGAUAAACAAAGCAAAAAAAAAUCUUGUGAAUAAACAAAGGAAAAAAAAAAUCUAGUGAUAAACAAAGCAAAAAAAAAUCUUGUGAAUAAACAAAGGAAAAAAAAAAUCUAGUGAAUAAACAAAACUAAAAAAAAUCUUGUGAAUAAACAAAGGAAAAAAAAAAUCUAGUGAAUAAACAAAACUAAAAAAAAUCUUGUGAAUAAACAAAGGAAAAAAAAAAUCUAGUGAAUAAACAAAACUAAAAAAAAUCUUGUGAAUAAACAAAGGAAAAAAAAAAUCUAGUGAAUAAACAAAACUAAAAAAAAAUCUAGUGAAUAAACAAAGCAAAAAAAAUCUUGUGAAUAAACAAAGCAAAAAAAAAUCUAGUGUAUAAACAAAGCAAAAAAAAUUUAGUGAAUAAACAAAGCAAAAAAAAUUUAGUGAAUAAACAAAGCAAAAAAAAAUCUAGUGUAUAAACAAAGCAAAAAAAAUUUAGUGAAUAAACAAAGCAAAAAAAAUCUUGUGAAUAAACAAAGCAAAAAAAAAUCUUGUGAAUAAACAAAGCAAAAAAAAAACUAGUGAUUAAACAAAGCAAAAAAAAAUCUUGUGAUUAAACAAAGCAAAAAAAAAAAUCUUGUGAUUAAACAAAGCAAAAAAAAUUUAGUGAAUAAACAAAGCAAAACAAUCUAAUGGCAUUUUUUGAAAAUACCAGUGUUGAUAAAAAGGAAGUAUUUGAUACUCGUCCAAAACAUGCUAUAUAUAUAUAUUGUAUAUGGGCUCAUAAAGGAAUGCAUUUGAUAUUCGUUACUGUCUUCAUCAAGAAGAAACCCAAACAUGACCAAAGCACAGGUCAAGAAUUUAUUUAUAUUAGUCUAUGGGUUGUUAGAGUUGAAAGGGAAGAGAGUUGGGAAAUUACAAUGACACAUAUGUCAUAAGAGAUCCAUGAUCACUUUGAGGGAGACCUGCAGUCAGUUUACAUUUAUUGUUGGGGUGGUGAGUCUUAAUAGAGAAGUUGCAGAACUCCAUAAUAUGUACCUAUAUACUACAGACAAAAUCAAUAUCAGAAGAUUUACUAGUUGUUGUAGACAGUCAUUGACAUGUAGCACCAAAAUGCUGGUAGACAGCUAAAUCACUGUAGGCGUAUUAUAUUUUAACUUGAAAUAACUUCUUUGUGAGCAAAACUAAAUAUAUAUUUAUAUAGCUUUUAUUAAAUUAUUGAUAAAAUCAACUUGUGGUGAAAUGCAAUAAAUAUUCUAGACUUUAGGAAUGAUAUAAAAUGUUAUUUUAAAGAAAAUCUAACUCACUACAAUAACACUUCUUUUCAGUCUUGCGUUCUAGAGUUGUCUGUCCUACCUCAGACGACAAUACCAUCUAUCUUGCAUCAUUCAGAACCAAUCGCUAUCUUCUUCCCACUGUCACCAUAGAAACACACACACACACACUCCAUAACACUGGUAAAGAAAACAAAAUGUGCCAAACAGGAAACUUUGUAUUUCUGUGAACUGACAUGUUUCUUUGCUUAUAUUUUGAUUGUUGACCAUUUUGGAUGAACCCUUGCUGUGUAUGUACACACCAACAUUGCCAAAUAGUUUAAUUCAUUUCAAUGUCUUUUCAUGUGCAUUACUUUGAACUAUUGAAGCUAUUGUCAUUGUUGUUAUUUUCUAUACAGAGUUGUAUUUAUGUCGAAUAGGAUAAAAGAACCCCCUCUCUUUUAACAAAGUUUUGAAAGAAAAGAUAUAUAUUUCAAGGUUGUAUAGGCCUACUACUUUAUUCUACCUUACACCAAUCAAGUGUUUUUAGUCUAGUCAGUAACUUAUGAAAUACAGAAUACGAGACUAUAGUUUCUCUAAAGAUAAAUCUUUUCUGUUCAUUUUAACCCUGUCCAUUCAACUCAGUUCAUAUUUACUUGUCUUUUCAGAUUUUAAAGUUUAGAUUUUUUUAAAUGUAUUUAUUUUUAAAGUCUUAUAACUCUUACUGUUUUCAGAUUGUUUUCAUAUUGAAAUAGAUUACUUCCCUUUCUUAUCAGAUCCUUUUUUUUAUGAAAAAUCACAUGAGGUUUAUUCAAUUAUUAAUGAUUAUUUUUUAUUUAUUUUUAACGCCGCAUUUCUUUGUACGGGAUAUUUUGUGUAAGCAAAUUAUAAAUUUAAUAUUACUGUUAUAAAGUCGCAAACAUGUCUUGGUCAGAGUUUGUACUGGUUGUAUUUGAUUUAUUUUGUUUUCUUUGAGUUGUGCACAAGAUCGUUAUCAAAUAUCAAAGUUGUGAGUGUGCAUAACAAUAGUGUGUACUAUUUCAAUGUUCUCUAGAAUUGAUCAGGACAAAAUCAGAAGAAUUUAUGAAAAUACAUUAACCUAGAGGCUAUAAAAUUUUCAAUCUGUCAAUAAGAAAAGAGAUACUGCUUUAGGAAGUACAUUUUCUCUUUAAACUAGAAAACCUAUGAUUUAAAGUUUUUAAUAUUGAAGAAAAAAAUUGAUUCCAUUUUUUUUCCAAAAGUUUACAUGAUAUCAACUUAAAACUAGCAGGAUGCAAUGUGGGAUUCAGUGCAUUAAGUUUCUUGUUCAAUGUAGUCUCAGGAGAAGCUCUUGUGUUGGUCUCAACUUGGUUUAAAGUUUUUAAUAUUGAAGAAAAAAAUUGAUUCCAUUUUUUUUCCAAAAGUUUACAUGAUAUCAACUUAAAACUAGCAGGAUGCAAUGUGGGAUUCAGUGCAUUAAGUUUCUUGUUCAAUGUAGUCUCAAGAGAAGCUCUUGUGUUGGUCUCAACUUGGUGGGAAACAUUCAUCUGGCCUUCUCCUUGUGUCUUUACAUUUUUACUUUUCUUUUUACUGAGGGGAGGGGGGGGAGCUGCGGGGAUCUCUUUUCUAUAAAUUUAGAAAGUGUUUCAAAUCUGGAACUAGUUUAUACUGCCUUUUAGAGAGUCUAUGGUGUGUACAAUGUGUUCCACGUUGAGACUUUGGUGUGUAUAUAAUGUAGGUUUUCUAUUGAGGCCUUGUAUCUUUUAUUUCCAGAGUGUCAUAGAUUAAAAAAACAAAACAAAGCAUUUCUGUGUUAACAUCUAGGGUUUUGUUGCAUGAUUUCCCCAUCCCUUUUUUGCCAUUGUUUCUAAAUCAUGUAAAAACAAUGAGACUUAGUGUGUGUGUAUGUCCUUACAAGAUUACUACUUACUGUUACACAAUCAAUGGCACUAUUUGCUCCUGAUAAGCUGUAAUUUGUUCCUGAGGAUAAGUUGUAAUUUGUUCCUGAGGAUAAGUUGUAAUUUGUUCCUGAUGAUAAGUUGUAAUUUGUUCCUGAGGAUAAGUUGUAAUUUGUUCCUGAUGAUAAGUUGUAAUUUGUUCCUGAGGAUAAGUUGUAAUUUGUUCCUGAGGAUAAGUUGUAAUUUGUUCCUGAGGAUAAGUUGUAAUUUGUUCCUGAUAAGUUGUAAUUUGUUCCUGAGGAUAAGUUGUAAUUUUUUCCUAAGGAUAUGUUGUUAUUUGUUUCUGAGAUGAAGUUAAUUUUUUCUAUCCCUAACAGUUGUGCUUUAGUCUGAGGUUGUGGGGCCAGAUGAAAACAUUGACCUAACUUGACACUCAGUUGGUUCCUAGCAAUGAUUAUUUAUUGAACCAAAUGUUCAUAUUGUUGUGUCAUAGUUGACAAGAAACUCUUAAAGUUUCAGUUUUGUUUAGGGCCACAGUUUUGUAUUAUUGGGUUUAUUGCUACAGUUCAGUUUUAGUUAGCAGUACAGUUUACCCUACAUAAUCUAGGUUUAUCCAGGUUUAAUAAAUAAGGUUUUAAAAUGAGGUGUAACUGUUCGAGGUUGACUGGGUUGUGCAACACGUGAACUAAAGGUUAGAUAAUGAUGUAUCAAUCUACUUCCUGGUGCUAAGGAUUAACACAGAUAUUCUUAUAUAUUAAUCUAUUUCUUAAAGACUACCCAGAAAUCUGAAAGAAAAAGGUUUUCAUAAAAAGUUUUAUACAAUUUCUAUAUUGUUAUUUUUUUUUAUUUUUUUUUUUAUCAACAGGAUUCUUAAAAUUUUAUAUACAAAUAUGUGUAUUUCAUUAGUUAAGAAGUAAAAUCUGUCAAGAUUUUUAAGAUAUUUUUAAACUGAACUCAUUUCAACAAAUGUAAGUCUUAAAGCUUCUGUUUAUUUGGUUAAGUUUCCAAGUCGAGUUCCUGUCGUCUCACAGCUUGUGGUUGUGUAUACUUGUUUUUGAGACUUGAUGUGUAUAUUUUUGUUUUAUGAAGACACAUUUUGUCCUAUUUUCAGGUAUCAAUCUAACCCUCAGGUCCUAAUCAGGUCCUUAAGUCCUCAAUCAUAACCUUUAUGAAUCAUGUCUUCAGAUAUCAAUCAGGCCCUGAUCAUUCCUUAGGUAUGGAUCAUACCAUCAGGGAUAAUGCCUUUAGUCAGUGAUCAGGCCCGAACUCCUCAGAGCUCAUAGAGAUGUAUCUCAAAAUUGUGUUCUCUUUAUUCUUCUUUUUUUUUUUUGUUUGUUAACUGGUAAUAAAAGAAAGUGAGAUAAGUGGAUCUCCACAGUUUUAUCUCAUGUUCUCAUCUUGUCAAGACACAUCCACCUAGGGGAAAUGUGUUGUGUCUUAUUGCAUCUCCUGCCUCAUUUCACUGUGUUCUAUGUCUCCACUGAGUUGCUGUUUGAAACCAGUCAAAAGUGCCUGGCCUGUACGCAAGUUGUGCAUGUGAUAUUUUGAAUGGUAGCCAUGAGAUUCAUGACUUUUUUUUUUUUUUUUAAUUCAAGUGCCAUAACUCUUUUUUUUUCUUCUUCUUGUUGCAUUGUUUGAAAUAGUUUGAAUCAUAUCAUUGAUAACAUUGAGGGCUCACUGCCAUAUAUAGAGCAGUGACAUUGGCUUUUGGUCAUGCAGCUGUGUAAAAUGUUGUUAGACUAUUUUAAAUGUUGAUGUUUGGCUGUGUUAAAUGUUGAUGUUUGACUGUGAAUGCUAACAUGUUGUACUUUGUAGCUAUUUCAAACAAAACAAUGUUUUCAUUUUAAUAAAAGUUUUAUCAAGUGUUCA